AUGAGUUGCGAUAUUUGUAAGAAACCCUUUAAUAUAUUGUGGAGGAGAGAUACUAAAUGUAAACGUUGUAAUAGAAUUAUUUGUACUGAUUGCUCCAAAUUACAGUAGGUUAGAGAUAUAUUUAGGAAUAUCUGUAAAGUUUGUAUGCAAGGUACAAUAAUAUUUAUACAAUUAAGAUUGUGAAACAAUUAGAAAGAUUAUUUCAGAAUCACUUUUAGCUUGGAAUCACAAUAGUUAGAUUGCCAAAAAAUAUUGGGUCAAAGAUGUUGAAAUUAUCAAAUCAGUGUACAAAUUAAACAAAGAAAUUAAAUACACUAAAAUAGCUAGAGAUGUUAAAACAGUUCUAUAAACACCAAUGAAUUAUUCAAUCUAAGAAUUUUUGAAUUUAUUGAUAUUUAGUAAUAAAGACAUUGAAACAACUAUAACAAAUGUAAUUGAUACUUAUGUGACUCGUAAUCCAUAAGUAGGCUACAAUUAAAAUUUAAUCAAAUUAACAAUAUUUUUGUUAUGUUUUUGUAAGGACUAUGUUUGCUUAAAAAUUCUAGAAGACAUUUAUAAUAAAAUACCAAAAUAAUACUAUCCAGAGUACUAAACAACUUAAGAAUUCAUUAAAGAUCAUGAUUAUAUGUAACAUGAUGCUAUUUAAGAUGUUAAAUUUAGAUUCAAAUUAGAAUAAGAUUAAAUCAUAGCAGCUAAAUAAUUUAUUGAAUCAGCUAUGAUGAAUUAUAAGAAUCAAUUCUUUCUUAAUCUUACAUUUUCUUGUGCCUUCUAUAUCAUAGAUAAACUAAUAUAAAGUACAGAUUCAACUGAUAUUGAUAAAUUCUUUAGUGUAAUCAUUUAGAUUAAUAUACAUUAACUUUAAACCAAAAAUUCAGAAUUAGUGAUAGCCAGGACAACAACAGUAGAAGGUAUAAAAUAAUAUCAAAAUUAAAUGGCUAAAAAAAGAUCAUCUUUAUAUUUAUCAGUAGAUAAAUGUACUUAAGAUUCUAGAAACUAAUCAUAAUUAUCUUGUAGGACCUUAUAAAGAAAAAUGGAUGUUAGUGAAUUCGAAGCAGAUGAAAAUGAAAAUUUAACUCAUCAAUCUCCAACUUUACUCUAAUCAUAAAAAUAAGAAAUUACAAAAUUGACCUAAGAACUUUUGUCAUUAGAAUAAUAAAUUAAUUAAUUAAAAAUUGAAAAUUAAUAAUUAGAAGAGGCAACUGUUUAAAAUACUGCAAUUCUCUUUCAUAAUUAUGAAAAUGCUAUAAGUGAUCUCAUAGAUUAGACAGAAAUAUUAUUAAAGUAAUCGAUAAAAUGA